AUGGAUAACAAACCAACAUGCAAAUGGUCUGAAACUGGCCAUUUAAAUAAUCCACGACUUUAUCACGCGGCAAGUUUGCUAUUAGAUAGAAAUGUGUUAGUUACUGGUGGAGAAGGUUAUGACGUUUGUUCCACUGCAGAACUUUAUGAUCCAAUAUCAAGAAACUGGACAAAGUCUUACGACAUGAGAUAUUGUCGAUGGUUUCAUACAGCAACUACAUUAAAGAACGGGAAAGUUCUAAUUGCUGGAGGAGCUGCUGGAGAACCAGAACCUUUGGGUAAUGUUAAAUACGUUUUAAAUCAGGCUGAAAUGUAUGAGACAUCAACAGGAUAUUGGUUCCAUACCACUAGCAUGAAUAUCGAACGAUACUUUCAUACAGCAUCCAUAUUACAAAAUGGAAAUGUUUUAGUUGUAGGUGGAUCCGAUGAUGCACCCAACAGUGCUGAAGUAUAUGAACCAGAGAUGGAAACUUGGAUAAAUACUACAGAUAUGCAUUAUGGACGAAAAUGGCACACUGCAACUGUGUUAAAAAAUGGACAAGUAUUAGUUACGGGUGGACAUGAUCUUCCAUUUAAUACGAUAAACAGUGCAGAAAUAUAUGAUCCAUCAACAGACACAUGGAAAGUUGUUGGCAGUAUGAAUUACAAACGAUAUUUUCACACAGCAACAUUAUUAACAAAUGGUAAAGUGUUAGUCGCUGGAGGAUUAGAUAAUGAUGAUAAUAUGGUAAAUAGUACGGAAUUGUUUGAUCCAUCGACUGAAUCCUGGACAAUUACUGGUAAUAUGACUCAAGGACGAUACCUACAUACAGCAUCAUUGCUGAAAAGUGGAAAAGUAUUAGUUUCUGGUGGAAGCAGUUUUACUAGUGACUUUUCAACUGAUGCUGAACUCUAUGAUUUCUCAAUAGGUGUGUGGACAAAUACGAGUAGCAUGAAUUAUCAACGUGCAAGCCACACAGCAACGGUGCUAGCAGAUGGAAAUGUGUUAGUUAUUGGUGGUAAUUAUGACGAUCACAUGACAGCAAUCACACCCGAACUGUAUAAUUCGUCGAUGGAUAUUUACAUGUCUACGAAUAACAUGAACUUAAAAUAA